UCGAAAAUACUACGCGCACUGCGAGAACAUUGGAAAGUGACUCGCAGCGACACCUGUUCGCUUUGAAGGAAACAUAGGAUCUGCGCUUUUUUGAAGUUCAUGGGAUGGUGUUGGAAGUAAUGUGCCGCGAAAUUCGUGACCCCUUCGGUUAGAACUUCAGAAACUUGACUUAUUAUUCUUCGAGGCUAUAUAGAAGUGGGUUUGAAGCGUUCUGAAGAACUUGGCGUUUUCGCGGCCGGAGGGCGAUUUACUGUUGACGUCAGUGUUAUAUACGAAGCGGGCUGGGCUGCACACGCAGCUCAUUGUCACCCAGUGAACAUGGCUGACAUUACCCAGAAGACAUGCUGAUGGGCCAAGUGUCGAAUUUCACAUUCCUGUGAACGAGGCUGAGCUGUGUUUAUGCUGCAACAUGUGCCGUUUGGAAGAGUGAGAAUAACGUUCGUUACUCAGUGAACGUCGCUUCGUUAUCGAGAAUCUCCUCUAUAUACCAGUAGGCAGGUUUCUCAGAAUGACCAUCAGGAUCGCGAUUCGACUGUUGUUCCUCAGCUUGGUGUUUUCUUCUUGUGGAGGACAAGAUGCGAAAUCCAGGCGACAAGAAGUGCAAGAGAUUCUCGAGCACUUCAAGCAAGCUGAUCCCGUCGGUAUCCCCGGGAUUCCGGUUCCGGAUCCCAUGAGCAUCAAAGACUUCCAGGACAAGUUUGGCAUUGUGAGGAUUAAGUUCAAGGACGCCGUGGUUCAUAACUUGUCCAAAUUCAAGAUUGACUACGUCUCACUGGACCUUCACUCCAUGGAAAUUUCCUUGGGAAUCAAUGUUCCCGAGGUUGAAAUGACUGGUCACUAUGAGCUCCUGACUUUGUUCAGUAAGUCCAAAGGUCCGUUCUCAGUUAUUCUCAAGGAUGUUUUUGCGGAAGGUAAAACUGUACUCCACACACCAAGAGAGGCUCGGCAUCUUGAGGCGGAAAAACUCGAGCUUGACAUGUCCUUCCGCAAGAUUCUGGUGAACUUUGAGAACCUCGGCCUGAUGACGAAGGUGCUUCGCGGGAUCAUGUCGCAAAUCGGACCCUCUGUCUUCAAUUCCAUCAAACCCGGGAUCUUGAGUCAAGUCGAAGAAUUGGUCGUCAAGGACUUGAAUGCGGCCCUGAAGAAGAUCCCGUUCCAGUUUUCGCAUUCCAUCAAACCGAUUGACGUGGCCAUGAUUCACGCCUGCGGUUUUGCCCGUGACAACAAGUACGAUCCUUUCCACGUCCCCGAGCAGCACGUGGAGACGAGUUUCUUGAGUUUGAAUACUUCCGGGAUGUCGAUCUAUGGACUGUCAAAGGUGCAAAGAGGUGAUCACGUGAUUGUGAGUCUGCGCAACAACACGAUCGAAGCUCGCGUGGAGAUCUCCACGGAGGAAGUAACUGGCUCCUCAAAAUACAAAGCCAGGGUCCUCAGUAUCUGGGACGUGGAAGGAGAGAUCGCGUUCGAAGUGGACUACGUCAAAGUCGGCAUCAUGGUGACGCAACCUUUGAACCUUGAUCAGAAGAUGUCGCUCAAGGAUGUGGACUUGGAGAUUGGCCGUGUGCGGAUCACGCCGCUAGGUGACGCUACUUCCGCUUCGUUUGCCGAGCGCAUCCUCCAAGCUGCUGUAGGAAUUAUUUCGGGCACUGUGAGGAACAUGAUUGCGUGUGUGGCCGAGGAACCGAUCCGGCAGAUGGUGGAAGAGUUGAUGCAGGAGGUGGAUGUUGAGAAGAUGGUCCGCGGCGCAGCGUUACCUGAAGUAAUGAAACUCGAGUUCUUCGGGUUUCAUGUUGGCGACGUCCUUGUCUUUCAUGAAUUCACCGAGUUCCUCCCGAAUGUGUCUGUUGAAAGGCUUGAAGUUGACAGCUUCCCCGGGCUGAUGAAGACGAUGGUGAUUGUGACCAGUGUGCGGCGCAUUUUUCAUGCCCAAUGGGGUGGGUACCGAGCUACGUUGGACGCUGUUUUUAUGGCUGCCAGAUUGUGGACUAUGAUGGAAGAUGGGGUUCCAGGGUAUGACGUGGCAGUGCCGGACGUGGCUAAAACCCAGCAAUUGGUGCCAGAUCCCGAGUUCACCAUCCACCCAAUUGAAGGGCAAUACUGAAGAUCAUUAAUGGAUUUUUCUGCGGAUUGAUAAAUGAAGAUGAAUAAAAUAUUCAUCCAGAAAAA